AUGCGUAAACCAGAAUUUAGCACCAAAAAACAAGAAAAUGUCGGAAUAUUUAUUAUUCAGUUUUCUUUAUUCACUAGAAAUCAUAUUUCUGGAUUCCAAAGACAAAACUCAUUCAUGUCGAAAAAGAAAGAGUUCUGGUUGAAACCCCUUCCUCCAAAUGUUCCAUUGGUGAAAACAGUUGUUUCAUUCAAAAUCGCAGAUCAAGAUGUUGGAAGACCACCAGCUGAAGUGAUGAAAAUCGACGAGGAUAUGAUGAUUUCAUUCAUUUCGGCUAACUCUUACUACAAUGGAUUGAUUAUGGGCGACAAAGUAGUAAAAGUGAACGAUUUUCCUGGAAAAGCUGCAAAAUGUCUAGCUGAAAUUCUGAAAGGGGAGAAGUGUCAAAUUGAGGUAUUGAGACGAAAAGGAGCGUAUCCGGCGACGAAAGAAAGAUUGGCGAGAGUGGGAGCUGUUGUGAAGAAAGGACACGCAUGUUUUCUUGUAGAUGUUGAGAGAGCUCCCAACGUAACAACUACAUCUGUAGGUCUGAAACUGGGAGUCAUGAAGAAACGUGGUUAUGUUACAAAGAUUGAGGAUGAUUCGAUUGCAACAACACUCAUUGGUCGUGGUGACAGUAUAAUUGAUAUGGGUGGAGAUGCGAUUCCAUUUAAUGAUAAUUAUACUGAUACAUUUGUUCGAGAGCAUCUUUCAAAAGUUUCAACUGGAUCCAAAAUGUCAUUUCUCAUCGAGAGACCAAUUAUUCUUGAAUACGCCAAAGAGCAUCAGAAAUAUAUUGAAUCGAUCACUUAUGAAGAUUCAGACAUUGAAAUGGCAAAAGAUGUUGUAGAUAUUGGAAGAAGAGCAAGCAAUAUGCACUUCAUUAUUUUCAAGAAAAUGACUCCUACCAGUAUUCUGUCAGAAGACGUCAGAAGACAGAAGAAAACUACGAAUAAAACAACUGAAGCUGGAGAAAGUAAUAUAUCUGUUUCGACUUGUUCAACUACAAACAAUAUUUCGAGUGAUGUGUCGGAUCCAGAAGAUUUGAAACCAGUUGUCACAAAGAGUCAUGCUGCUGGAUCAUCUUCUGAUAGUGGCGGAGCAUUCGAUGAUGAAUAG